AUGCUGAAGGUAAUAGAUCUCAUCCGACUGCUAGGUCGAGAUGAAAAAUUUAUCUCAUUUGAGUUUUUCCCUCCAAAGACUGAUUCAGGGUUCAGAAAUUUGCUUGCAAGGUUGAAUCGUUUGCUGGCAUUUAACCCAUUAUUCAUCACGGUGACCUGGGGAGCUGGUGGAUCAACUAGUGAAAAGUCACUAGAUUUGGCAGCUACAUGUCAAAAGAAAAUUGGAGCAACAACUGUUUUACACUUGACUUGUACAAACACCAACAAGGAAGUUAUUGAUGCUGCAUUGAAGCGUGCAAAAGAAAACGGCAUAAGAAAUAUACUAGCAUUGAGAGGAGAUCCACCGAGGACUGAAGAGUAUUGGACACCCAAUUGUCAAUUCAAGAACGCUGUGGAUUUGGUAAAGUAUAUCCGUGAGGAACAUGGUGAUUACUUCUGUAUUGGGGUUGCUGCAUACCCCGAGGGCCAUGUAGAUGGAUCAGAUACAUCAAAUCAAAAUCCUCGCAAGGAUAUCCCGUAUUUGAUUGAAAAGGUUAAAGCCGGAGCUGACUUCAUUAUCACCCAGUUGUUUUUUGAUGUAGACAAGUUUAUUGCUUUCGAAAAGUUGAUCAAGCAAACACCUGAGUUGAAAGAUGUGCCAUUAAUUCCCGGUCUUAUGCCCGUUACCACUCACCGCGUGUUUACAAGAGCAACAAAACUUUCACAUGCCACUAUUCCAAGGAGUAUCUAUGAUCAAUUUGAAGAAAUAAAGAACGAUGAUGAUGCUGUCAAGGCUGUUGGUGUUGACCUCUUGUGUGACAUUAUAAGCAAAAUAGACGGAAGCACAGAUAUAAAAGGUUACCACUUUUAUACUCUAAAUUUGGAAAAAGCAGUGGCAUCUAUUUUAAACAAGUCUACAGUUUUGCAUCCCGUUUUGGAACGACCAUCUCCAGUGUUUGGUAUUGAAGAUGCAAUUGCUUCUGACUCUGACGAGGAAGACGAAGUGAUAGCACCACCACAGCAGCGGAAGCAUAGGAAGUCAUCCGUUAUUGAACCAUUGACUCAAAAAGCCGUUGUUGACAUCAGUAGGGGAUUGGGUGCAUUUGGCAAAGAAGCCAUCUGGGAUGAUUUCCCUAAUGGUAGGUUUGGAGACUCAAACUCGCCUGCAUAUGGUGAGAUUGAUGGAUACGGGCCCAAUUUGAAAAUUUAUGACAAGAGCGAGGCAAUAUCCAAGUGGGGGUCGCCCGAACUGGUACGCGACUUGAGUCGCAUUUUCACUUCCUAUCUUUCAGGGAAGAUUGACGUCAUCCCAUGGGCCGAUGUGCAGUUGUCACCUGAAACAGCAUUGAUUCAGGAAGAGUUGUUUGAGUUGAAUGAAAAAGGGUGGUUUUCUGUGGCUUCUCAACCAGCAGUAAAUGGUUGCAAAUCAACCGACAAUAUUUUUGGUUGGGGUCCGCCUAAUGGUAUUGUAUACCAAAAGUCUUUUGUUGAGUUGUUCAUGCCAGCUCGUGAUUGGGAGCAGCUUAGAUCGAGGCUUGAUGGUUCAACUACAUAUUAUGUCGGAAACAAAUCGGGGAAAAUCGAGCUGAAUUUACCAAUUGAACAAGAUUAUUCUAAAUCAAAAAGCGCUGUAACGUGGGGAGUGUUCCCACAAAAGGAAAUCUUACAACCCACGGUGAUAGACUAUGAAUCUUUCAAAGCAUGGAAUGAGGAGGCGUUUUUGUUGUGGCUAGAAUGGGCGAGAUGUUACAAAAAGAAUCUGAAAAGCUUCGAAUUGUUGAAUUCAAUAUACAAUGACUAUGUGUUGGUCAGUCUAGUACAUCAUGAUUUCCCCAACGAAGAUGCUUUGUGGGAGCAGUUGUUACAAUAG